UUUGAAUCUACUAACCUAACUACUGUACCUAAUAGUAUGUACACUAAAAAUGAACUUUCACAACUCAACUACACUACGUAAUACUGAUCCGAGUCGUAACCCUUGCUAUCGUAUUCGUCUAGAACUUCUACGUUCCUAGUAUGCAAGAAUACAAUACUUGAGCUUCAAUUGUUAUUGCUAUUGUGAUUUUUGUUUUCAUUUUGCUUACCUCAGUGCAAAUUGGAUAACUGCCCAGGUGGACUUGGAGAUAGAAACUCCCCAUGGCAAUGAGCUAACCUGAUUUAAAAUUAUUCAUAAUGGGCAUCAAAGGGAUAUACAAGGAGAUCGGCGCUGGCAAACGAAUAUCCUUAACCAAACUCGCUGUCCAGAAGCUCGAGGAAACAGGCCGGCCGCUACGAAUUGCUAUAGAUUUCUCAAUAUGGCAGUUUCAAGUCCAAGCAGCACGUGGCGGAUCAAACCCCGCUAUCCGGACAUUAUUCUAUCGGCUUCUGAGACUACUUGGCACUUCAAUUCAGCCCAUAUUCGUCUUCGAUGGUCCGAACAAGCCAACUUUCAAAAGAAAUAAACGCUCUGGUCGCGGUGAUGGCGUCGCUACCGCCAUGGCCAAACGACUUAUCAGGUUAUUUGGUUUCCCAGCCCACGACGCCCCCGGAGAAGCAGAGGCCGAAUGUGCGCUUUUGCAACUAACAGGUAUUGUGGAUGCAGUGCUCAGCGAGGAUGUCGACACCAUCAUGUUUGGCUGCACCCGGACACUGAGAAAUUGGUCUUCCGAAGGUACCAGGGGAAGCAAGACUCCAACUCAUGUCUCUAUGUACGAAACAGAAGAGUUAGAGAAGAACGGUACCGGUUUAGAUCGAGAAGGGAUGGUCUUGGUGGCGCUGAUGAGCGGUGGCGAUUACCUCCCUGAAGGUAUUCCCGGUGCUGGUGUGAAGCUUGCCUGUGAAGCUGCUCGGGCUGGGUUCGGCAAGUCUCUGUGUAGGCUGAAAAAGGCCGACACAUCUGAAUUGGCCAGUUGGAAGGAAUACUUGACUUUCGAAUUGCGGCAUAACGAAAGCGGCUUCUUCAGAACGAGGCAUAAAGCGUUAUGUGUGCCUGACAGUUUUCCGAAUCUUGAGGUUCUGAGAUAUUACACUCAUCCGGUGGUAUCCCCUGCGUCGACCCUCGAUAGACUGAGGAACCAGCGCUGGGAUAAACCAGUGGACGUGCAGGGGCUACGCGAAUUUGUUCGCGAAACUUUUGAUUGGAAUUAUCGAAUCGGUGCCGUUAAGUAUAUCAGGGUUCUGGCCCCAUGCUUGCUGGUCCGGAAAAUGAUGUCUCGGACCAUCCAACCUGACCACCAGGCGAAAGCCAUAGAAAUUCUUCAGAGGGAAGAAUCAGAACUAGUUCAGUCGAUCACAAGCAGACGAGCCCAUUUCAGUACGGAUGCCACUCCAGAGUUGCGUAUAUCAUUCAUACCAACCAAUAUCGUUGGGUAUGCUUUUCAGGAAGAACCCGACGAAGUGAUCGAGUAUGGACGGGAAGGCCUGGCUCUCAAUAGUGAUGAUGAAUUUGAGGCUUUAGGUGACGAAGAGGGGACAGAAGCUGUGGCGAAAAGCAACAGCAAAAAGCCGUUUGAUCCCACCGAAUCCGAUCUACUCUGGAUCCCAGAGACCGUAGCUAAGCUGGGCAUUCCCAUCACAGUUGAGGAAUGGGAAGAAGCACAGCGUGCAAAAGUGACAGCCCGCCAAAAGCCCAGGGCUGUUAAGCAAGCUACUAAACGAAAGGGGAAAUCUAGUGGUGCCGAUGCUGGUGCCAGUGCCAGUACUGGUGCCCUAGACAAGUUCGUUAAAAUAACGAAGAAUGUAUCGAAAAUUAUAGAUACCAACAAGGACAUCGCAUCAGCCCCUAAUAAUUCUUUACUACCCUCCAAUACCAAAAUCAACAGCCCUCUUAGCGUCUCUGUGGUGUCACUCAGCAAAGCAACGCCAAAAAGACGGCCUAGUAAGCUAACCACCACCACCGCCACCAACAUCAAGUCUAAUUCGAAAAAAGGAGAUGCGUCAAGACCAGGCCCAAACACUAGUAUCAAUCCCUGGACGAUUGCUAGCACACGCCGCAGUUCCAGAACCACCCGCGCGAGUAAUACCAAAUCCAAUAACCCAGCUUCUGAGACUAUUCUCAUAUCUUCCAGUCCCCCUGUAUCGCCUGCUGCGCGUCGCCGUUCUCCCGUAAACCUGCAAACCCAGGACCGCCCAUUAACAGAAGACGACAAUGCAGGUUCCAAAGCCGUGCCUUGUUCCCCGCCACCAAGCCCCCACAAGCGAAGGUCCGUCACACCUACCGGAUCUUCAGCUGAAGAGUGUGAGGAUAGCCCGCCAGGUCGUCGACACGCAAUCGUCAGAGCGCUGAGCCCCUCGCCGAAAUCGAGCGAGAAGAAACCUCGGCGUAAAUUGGCAAGGACUGAGUCUAUGCCCGCUAGGCACAACACACAGGAGUCACCGACUACGACUAAGCGACAUUUUGCACGAGCGCGGACAGUGACUGUUGAGGUAUCGCUGACUGAGUCUGGCGGGGAGGAGGAAGGGGGGGAGGAGCUUCCACCACUUAGCGCCAUUAUCGGCAGACUCCCCCGAGGAGAGGUAAAAGGGAAGGGGAAGGACGUUAAUGUACUACCUAAUAAUCCUCUGGUCCCAGUAUCCCUUGAUACACUACUGCUACCACUAUCACCACCGCCGUCAGACCGUAUCUCAUCCCAGCAGGACCCCACAGCCGAGAAGCAGAAGAACGAGAAACAACCAAAUUCGACUCUCGACACCUCCACGGGGAAAGGAAUGACCAAGGUCUACAUCCCACGCAAGAGCGAGCCGGGAUUCUUCCGGGAAGUCGAGGUCCCAGUUGAUGAGGCGGAUGAGUUUUUGCUGCGGCAGAAUACUAUUACUACCAGCACUAAUAGUACCAAGGCACGGGCUGCGGGGGUCAAUGGCGGUGGGAGAAGAGCGCCGGCGGCUUGGAGACGUAGCGAUGUCGAGUGUAUUGACUUGACGGGUGUGGAUUAGUUCGUAUAAGGGAGAAAAGAAGAGGAGGACAAAUUGGGGUAAUCGGAGUUUCAUUUCCAUUAUCGGGAUGGGAUGGGAUGAACUGCAUAUAGGUCGGGAACUUAAAAGGAUAGUGGUAUGGCAUCAUCAGAAUAUACAUGAAGAAUACAUACAAACAAAGAUGAAUGGAUAGACAAGAUGAACGACUGUAAUACAAUAUGUAUGUAGGCUAAUAUAACCCUAUGUCUACUGAGAAA